AUGACCUCUGUGCCACCUCCAUAUGCUGGUGGACAAUCAAUGAAUUAUCAACAAGUACCACUACCACCGCCAGGACAACCAAUUUAUGGAACUCAGACAGUAUCUAUGAGAGUUCCAGUUGUUAUUUUAGGUAAUUAUCCAAUGCAGUGUACAUGUCCUCAGUGUGGACGACAGAUUGUUACACGAACAGAAAAGAAGAUUGGACUUUUAACUUGGCUUCUCUUUGGUGGUCUUCUUUUCAUUGGUUUCUGGCCUUGCGCAUGUAUACCAUUUUGCGUUGAUGAAUGCAAAGAUACAGCACAUUAUUGUCCAAGUUGUAGUGCAUUACUUGGUGUUGGCAAAAAAUUAUAA